AUGCAAAAAAGCGGUAAGGUUCAACAGUUUCGAAGUGUGAAGAGUGUUGGCAACAUUUGUCGAAUGAAGAAAACCUUUACCUGCUUUGUGUUGUUUGAAAGGCGUUGCAUGAAACAGACCAGUUUGAAAUCUGUCAACGCGUGUUGAUAGGGUAUGUGAUUUCUUCCAUCGAAAGGUGCGGGUUCGAAACGUUUUUCCCCGUGUACGUGCUAUGGAUCCUGUUCUGCCCUUUCGGGCUUUGAGUCCAGGAAAUAGAAACCAAAAGAUCAGCCAGCAACGAAACAGUAAGAUUGGAGAUACGAAAUUAUCCCUUAAAACUCGCAAAGGAAACACCGUGGGACAUGAUGGAAAGGAAAACAGAGCCCCUAUCACGGAACGCUAUUUCAAGAAACCAAUCUUUAAAUUGAGUGAUUCAGACCUUCUCACAUCAGAUGAAUCAGACUCUAGUAUGAUUGACGUUGGAGCUGAACUUAAGAAGCAUUCUGUAAUGUCUUUAAAUACUCAAGAGUCUACGUUUUCUAUUCCUGUUGCUGAAUCUACGAGAUGUGAACUUCCCACCAGAAAUCAGAAUGAGUGUGUUGAGUCCACUGUCAUUAGUUUACAUACAGCUCAAAACGGUAGUUCUUCUUCUUCUGGAACAGAAUAUUUUACCGCGUGUCCUUUUCCGGUUGGAUGUGAUGAGAGUAUUGUCUGUAUAUCUGAUUCUUCUCCUGAGUCUUUUCGAAAAAAUGGGAAGAAAACCAAAAUUGGUGCGUCUGUGCUAUUAACAUCUGAUGAAAGUGACAGUGAAACCUAUCCUAAGAGUAACAUUUUCUCCUCAAUUGGAAAGUGUGAAAAGAAGAAAUUGUGUGAUACUGUCAUUAUUGAAACAUCUGAAGAGGAAGAUAACUGCAGUACUUCUGCUGGAGACUAUAAUAAUUGUGAUAUUAUCAUUCCUCCCAGUGUUAAAAGUGAUAGAAGUUUAUCCAGCAGCUCAAUCAGUAGCACUCGUAGUCUCAAAAGACUUCAAGGUGGCCAUGUUAUUCCUCCAAGUCCAGAAAAGUGCGAAGAGAGUAGUGAAAAUGAAUCUCUCAUAUCUGAAGAUGAUUGCAAAAAUGGUAAUAUGCACAAAAUUAACUGUAGCCCAGGCAGGACAAAACCAGGUUUUUCUGAGCCGAGGAAGCAACAAUGUGACGAUUACUUUCCAAAAGUGAGAGUCGAAGCAAAAGAGUGUUCUAAAGAACCGGACUUGACUGCAUCUUCUUGGAAGGAUGACUUUCAUUUGGUUAUGGAAGAAUCAACAGUCAGCAACAAGGAAAGAAGCAAAUGUAGUGAUGAAGGCAUUAAGGCUAAUGCACUCAGUAAAGCAACGAGUUCUAUCUCUAAAGAAAAAUAUAAUGACAUAGCCAGAUGGCUUACAGCUGGGCGCAAUUCAGAGAGUGACUUGGAUGAUUCUACAUCUUGUGAAAAACGCUCGCCUAAGAAGAAAGUUGACAAUCUGACUCCUGAUACAUGUCAGAACACUCAUCAAAAAUCAAGGUUAAUAGCUGCGCGACGAUCUUCCUCUGGAAGUGAGAGUGAUGACAACUUUGAAGCACUUAUGGCUUCAAUAAGGAAAAAAACAAAUACAGCCAAGAAGGAAAUUGCCCCUAGGAAAAAUUCCUUUCAAAAUGGCUCAUUUAUUGAUGAUGAGGCUGCCAGUGAUGUAGUUGAGUCUCCAUCUUUCAAUGUAUAUCAUUCUGACUUAACAAGAUCUAUUAGAGCCGAAGUCAAAUCAGUCAAGAAAUCGGUGAAGUCUAUGACCAAAAGACAGAUUUUUGGCCAUGAAGAUAAGAUAGGAGAAAAUCAUCAUUCCUGUGUUGGAGAAACACAAAAACGCCAGGUAAGCAAAAAUAUGGAUAGUUUUAUGAAAGUUCGUCCCUUGAAGUUAGAUUCUGAUGAAUCUAGUUCUGAUAAAAGUAUGAAAAAAGGUACUGAAAGUGACACAUCUAGUUACGACUUUGUACCACCACCCACCAGGGGUAAAGUGGCUGUGAACAGAAAGACAAAGCAUAAGAAAAGUGUCAAAAGAUUCAAUUCAGUAGAAAGUUCAGAUAGUGAUGAUUCCAAUCCAGACGAGCCUAUGAAACCAAAGGCUACUAAUCGAAGGAAUAAGAGGGUAGUUUCAGGCAGUGGUUCUGGUUCCACAUCAUCCUCCAAAUCAGAUUUACCAAAAUCUAAGCUGAAGGACACUCCUAAGUUAACUUCAAAUAUUCCUAAAAGCACUCAGCCCUUCAAGACACCCAAAAAUGUAGCAGCUUUAAAGUCUCCUCAAACUCCUUACUCACCCAUUCGGACUUUCCUCUCAUCAUUGUCAGGACCAACACAUCAGCCUGGUGUUAGGGACCAUCCAGAAGCAGUUAUUUAUAGUAAGAAUUUCAAGGGGAAGAAAGAGGAGCUUACUCGCCGUCUGUUUAAGCUCUUUAACCGGGAAGUGUUUGAUCGGAGACUUCCAGAUGAUAUGGUGCUAGAGUGGAAUGCUCGCUUGGUGCGCACUGCUGGCUUAUGUUACUGUAAACUCGUAAGAAAAGGUGGUGUGACAUCUCGCACUACUAAGAUUGAUUUAUCUACUAAAGUCAUUACAUCUCCUGAUCGUUUAAGAGACACUCUGAUUCAUGAAAUGUGUCAUGCUGCAGUAUGGCUGUUGAACAAUGUCUCAGGCGGACAUGGCCCGUUCUGGAAAGCAUGGGCACACAAGGCAAUGAAGAGAUUUCCUGAACUCCCCCCAAUUGAGAGAUGUCAUUCUUACAAAAUAGAAACCAAAUUUACUUACAGAUGCACUAAAUGUGGCUACAGCUUUGGUCGGCACUCUAAAUCACUUGAUCUGGACAAGAAACGCUGUGGUUACUGUUACGGAACUUUCGAAGUCUUUCUUAGUUCUAAAGGUCCAAACACUAAGGAGAAAGACUCAGAGACACCAAAGGCACCAAAGGCACCAAGUGGAUUUGCUUUGUUUGUCAAAGAGAACUAUGGUCUGAUAAAACAAGAUCAUAGUGAUUUUAAACACGGAGAUAUUAUGAAGAAACUUGGUGAAAAGUUUGCUCAAAUGAAGGUGAAACAAUCAACAAGUUGAUGUUGCCUUGAAGCACUUGUCUGAUAAGAGUUUGUAGAUGUUAUAAGUUCCUUAUUAACUUUUAUUAAAAAAUUUAAAAAUAUUUAUUGACAGAUUAUGUAAAUCAUAGGUAUCUAUUCAAGCUAAUUUUAAGUAGUCACUAUUUGUCUAUUUAUUUGUUUGACUUUUAACUUGAAAGAAGUUUAUAUAUUCACAAAACCCUGUAAUUUUGAAGAUUUGCUAUCUUGUGUUUGUUGUCUGAAAUAUAAAGAAAGGAUGAGGA